GAGGCAGACGGAGGCAGGUGAAGGCAAACGGAGAGAAACCAAGAGAGAAACAGGGGGAGAAAGAAAAACAAGAUGAAGGGAAGGGAAGAAAAGAGAACUGCCUUUCUUUAUACAGAAUGCUGAGACGAGGAGGGAGCUGGAGACACAUGCAAGUCUCUGAGUGUGAAGAAGGAGCUUGAGGAAGAACACGAUGCUUCGAUCUCGCUGUUCCUGAACCAAACCAGGAGAGUAGGAAGGAGCAACAGGAGGGGGAGUGGAAAAGAAGGAAUCUCUUGAAAAAAGAAAGAGCACAUCAAGACAUGCCUGGCUUAGAGAAGGAGAAGCUAUGAAGAGAAUGGAGGAGAGACUGUGGAGCAAAGAAGCAGAUCCUUCAAAAGAUCGGCUCACGUGCACAUGGACCUGAGCCCCACCAAACUUACUACGAGAUGCUGUCAAAGAACCAGGGCGGAGUGUUGGUGAUGGAUGUCUGCCUGCACGAACUGCCGCUUCUCCAAACUCAGCAGGAGUAGAUGACAGCUGGGUUCUCCUCCGAUUCAGGUGAGGGUGAGAGAGCAUACGGCCAAGCAGAUGUUUGGGAAGUAAACGGAGACCAGGAGGAGAAACGGGGAGGAAAGGGGGAAGACACUCACGUGUGAGUGAGUUAGCAGAGGAUUAUUUAGGCAUCGGGACUUUGUGUGUGAGUGUGUUUGUGUGUAGCUCGCACAACCCAACCAUCUAGGAGCUGUUUGAAGAAAGGCAGAACACAGCGGUGCUGCUCUGAGCCUUUCCAGGUUCCCUCACACCUGGAGAUCCACCUGAAGACCCUCACUACCUCACCGCUGCACAACAAGUGGACUUUUUGAGCACUUUAUCACCAGCGCUUGGUGUUGUUCUCCUGCUGGCUGGGAAGCCCACUGAGGUGUCACUCCUGAUUUCCUCAGCCCGGUGGAUGCCUGCUACCUUUAACCAUGGGAGAAUGGACCAUCUUAGAGCGCCUCCUGGAGGCUGCUGUGCAGCAGCACUCUACGAUGAUUGGAAGGAUCUUGCUGACAGUUGUGGUGAUCUUCCGUAUCUUGAUUGUGGCCAUCGUUGGAGAGACGGUGUAUGAGGAUGAACAGACCAUGUUUAUAUGUAACACUCUUCAGCCCGGCUGCAACCAAGCCUGCUAUGACAAAGCCUUCCCAAUCUCUCACAUCCGCUACUGGGUCUUCCAGAUCAUACUGGUAUGCACUCCCAGUUUGUGCUUCAUCACCUACUCCGUCCACCAAUCUGCAAAGCAGAGAGACCGACGAUACUCUUUUCUCUAUCCCAUAAUGGAGAAGGACUAUGGUGGACGGGACGGGGCGCGAAAGCUACGCAACAUAAAUGGAAUUCUAGUCCAGCAUGGUGGAGAUGGUGGGGGUGGAAAGGAGGAACCUGACUGCUUAGAGGUCAAAGAGAUCCCCAAUGCUCCUCGGGGUCUCACCCAUGGGAAGAGCUCGAAAGUUCGGCGACAGGAAGGAAUCUCACGCUUUUAUAUUAUUCAGGUGGUGUUUCGAAAUGCACUGGAAAUUGGCUUCCUAGCGGGCCAGUACUUCCUUUAUGGUUUCAGUGUGCCUGGUAUUUUCGAGUGUGACCGCUACCCCUGCCUAAAGGAGGUGGAGUGCUACGUGUCCAGGCCCACGGAAAAGACCGUUUUCCUGGUGUUCAUGUUUGCCGUCAGCGGCAUUUGCGUGGUGCUCAAUCUGGCUGAGCUCAACCACCUCGGCUGGCGCAAGAUAAAGGCUGCCAUCAGGGGAGUCCAGGCCCGCAGGAAGUCUAUCUGUGAGAUCCGGAAGAAAGACAUGGCACAUCUGUCCCAGCCGCCCAACCUGGGACGCACUCAGUCCAGCGAAUCUGCCUAUGUCUGACAAAAACCUUUAAAACAGGAAGAAAAGGAAAGGAGGAGUGGGAUGAAUGUGUGCUGGGUUAAAUGGAUAAAAAGCUUGGGGUCGGGCAGGGACAAUCUCUCUUCUGCUAUGAUGGGAGAAAAAAGAAUGUAAAAAAAAGACCCAACAGUCUGACUCUGCAGCUUUAAAGUCAAGAGAAGGAGGCAAAGGAAGGAAAACAUGAUAAAGUCUAAACUAGGACAAAAUGUUUUUUUUUACUGCAGAAUGGACUUAAUUAACACAAUGGUCUCAUGAGAAGAUAUUCCUGCCGUUUUUUAUUCCUUUCUUUUACAACUAAUUACCUAUUAUCCUUUGAAAUGAAAAAAAAAUAUAAACCCACAUGGGGCUCGGGAGUGAAGAACAAAAACUAGAGGCGAAAGAAAAUGUUGAUGGUGUUCUCUUGGGAAAUUGGAAGAUGGCUGAGGUGUGUGAUCCAUCUGAUGGUGCUUUUCAUCUGGACUUUAUCAGCUUCCCUUAAAAAAAGUUGGAGGUGGGGAAAGGAUGGGGGAUAGGACAAGUAAGAGGAACAGCAACAUCAUUAAAAGAGGAACGGAAGAACUGUCACGGCCUUGACAGACCCUAAAGGAUGAAGACAAGUUUGGGAGCUACUUGAGAGUAG